AUGCAACAGGAAAUGAUGGUGCAGCCCGACUCUGCCCUCGCAUUCAUGGGCCAGCCUUACAGGGCCGGUGAUCCGCCACCAGGAGGUGCCAGUGGCGGGACAUCCAAGCGCGGAUCCCACGCUGGCAUCCAUGUCUGGACCGGAAACCCCGACAAUCCUUUGAAUGAAAACAUGGGGAACUUCUACUCUGCAGCAAGGGACCCCAUCUUCUACUGCCAUCACACUAACGUCGACAGAAUGUGGACCGUCUGGGAAGACCUCCCGGCUGAUUACCCUAAAACCAUCGAUGAUCCCGAUUUCUUGGACGCGGCCUUCAUGUUCUACGACGAGAAGAAGAACCUCGUGCGCACUGCGGCCCAAGCCUUCCCGGCCUCGCUCGCGGAGACAAUAAGGGUUGUGGUGCCCAAACCGGCGAAAGGAAAAGCGGACGAAGUGCUCCUCAUCCAGGGCAUUGUCACGGACAACAGCAAGCUCAUCAGUUUCGAUAUCUACGUCAACGACGACGAAAACAGCACGGAUGAGGCGGUGAGUGCGGAGCGUGCCGGGAGCUUCACGCAGGUCCCGCACAGGUCUAGGAGCGCGGAGACUCCCAGCGACCUCCGCAUCAUCUUGACUGAGCUCUACAAGAAUAUUAACAUUGCGGAUGAUGAUGAUAUCAUUGUCGUCACCAUCGUUCCCCGCUCCAACGGCGACGCUGUCACCAUUGGUGGUGUUAAGAUCGAAACUCGCGUUCCCGCUGCUUAG